AUGGCCAAUUCCGUGAACAUAUCAAUUGAAGCACCAAUUGAAAAUCAAAUACAAGAAAUAACCUACGAUGGUCAAGAAAUAUAUCAAGCCCCAUUGUCUAUGUCAGAGAACCUAGCUAGAUUAGCUCAAAAAAUUGACUUUUCUAAAGCUGAUGAUGAUUACUGUAAUAUUAAGAAAGAAGGUGAAAGCAGCACAGAUGUUAAGUCUGAAGAAGAUAAAGAUCCUGGAUAUCAGUCUAGUUUAUGGCCGUGGGACUCAGUGAGAAAUAAAUUACGGAACGCUUUAACUGAAGUGUCUGUGCUUGCUGAUGUACUUAGCAUUGCAAAGGAAAAAAGAUACAUGGUUUUGGACCCUAUCCAAGCAGAGCAGCCAGAAAGUCGACCUAUGGUGCAGGUAUAUGGUCGUAAAAAAGCACUGUCUGCUGCUGGGGCAGUUCUCUUAAAUGGUGUAGAACGCCUUCGAGCAAGUGAAACUAUGAGAAUGACAAGAAACAUGCCAGACUUUCACAUUGAUCUGUUAAGACUAAGGCAAAACUGGAGAUUGAAAAAAGUCUCCAAUACUAUUGUUGGUGACUUAAGUUAUAGGACAGCUGGUUCCAAGUUUAGUCAGACAGGAGUUUUUGAGGUCACCAAAGCACCUGAAGAUCAAAUAGCCCAAGCAAUGAGUUUGAAUGCAUCAGGACCGGCUCCAUCUGCCCUGCGAGUAACUGUCCCGCCAGAGUUACAAGGAGUUGCUUUUAUAUCGGUAUUAUGUCAAAAAGAGCAAGAAGAUGUAGUGACAGCAACAAUUAGUUCUUCGGCUAUCAACUGUCCUGGCACUCUCUUUGGUGAUGGGGCAGAUUUGCAUUGGCAACAAAAACUGGAAGCUGCCCAGAAUGUAUUAUUUUGUAAGGAGCUCUUUGCAAGACUCGCUGCAGAAGCAGUACAGUUAGAUGCAUCUAUACCACAUAUGGUAGUUGGCAAUCAAAUUAUGGCAACAGUCCUACCAGGAAUCCAGCUAUUGAUUGGACUGUGCCAUAAUAAUAGGCAAAAUACCAAUGGCAAUACAGAUAAUGUCAAGACUGAAGGAGCAACAAGCAACAAGAACGAACAUGACCAUGUGUUGGAACACUCGCUGCAUCAGCUCUUACGAGCCGUGCACCACGCCAACACCCACCAUCCCUUCCCCCACCCGGCUACCGGACCACUUGGACCCUCUAAACGAAGAUCACUUGCAGGUCCGAUGGCGGCAGAUCGCUACGAACUGCUGGAAAUGAGCAAAGAGCAAUCUCUCUUAGAACAGAUAAUCCAACAAGCCCAGCAUUUCUUUAUGAGAAGGCGCAGCGAAUAUGUCUUAGACACUAUAGCUAAAGAGGUGAAGGAUCCCUUGAUAGUGUCUCACUGGAAUGCGCUGAACAGUCCCACUCAGUCUUGUGUUAAAAUCAACAUCAUGGCUAAUGGGUAUGAUGCUGUAUGUAGAACGUCAUUAGUGGUGGCUGUCGGAGAAAAGACCCUUAAGUGUAUAUGUAGAGAUGGCAAAGUGCGACAUCUCUCUUAUGAAUUACAGGAGCUUCGAGACCUUAUAUAUUGUCAGGUUUAUCAGCAUCAAAUGACGGCUGUACAGGCAGUGGCUCGUUGUAUGGGAUGGCAGUUGUUAGCGAGUAGCUCUCAUUUGGGAUCAGGUCCAGUUGAGCCUCUAGGAAAUGCAUCUUCAUGUUUGCUGGCAUCACCUUAUGGUGACAGAAUGAUAGCAAUAAGAUGUGAACCAUCAGUUGGUAUUCAAGUGUUUAUUGCCCAAUCACCCAAAAAGGAUUUCUAUGUUAGUGAAUUAGUUCAAGAUAAAAAAUGGGAGUACCUCGGUGGUGCAUUCAAGGAAGUUAAGCUAGAGAAAAUGGAAGGCAAGAAUUUCUUGAAUAAAAUGGAACUGCUCAUGGCCUGUUUAAGCAGUACUUCAUAA